GCGCUUCCGGGGCAGCGGCGGGGUCGGCGCCGGGGAUGCGGCAGCUGCUGCUGCGGGCGGCGCGGGCGGGGGUCCCGCUGCUGCGGGGGGGUCCCGCUUCCCCAGGCAAAGCCCGGCCGAGCCACAGCGAGCCGCGGGGCCGGGAUGGACGCGGCGAGGAGGAGGAGGAGGAGGUGGAAGGGUGGCAGCAGCUGUACCCCGGGCACAUCCCCACCAGCCCGCUGCAGAAGGCGCUGCUGGCCGCCGGCUCCGCGGUCAUGGCGCUCUAUGACCCCUACAGACACGACAUGGUGGCAGUCCUUGGGGAGACCACAGGCUGCCUGGCCCUGCCAAACCUGCGAGACAAGAUGAAAAACCACCCUGAAGGUUACCGCAUCCUCCAGGAACGGCCUCGCAUCCGUCUGUCCACCCUGGACAUGGCCAGGCUGCAGGGGCUGCCGGAGGGCUCGCUGGGCCGGGAGUACGUCCGGUUCUUGGAGGACAAUAAAGUUUCUCCAGACACCCGGAUGCCGCCCAAGUUUGUCGAUGAUGAAGAGCUGGCAUACGUGAUCCAGCGGUACCGGGAAGUCCAUGACGUGAUGCACACCCUCCUGGGCAUGCCAACCAACAUGCUGGGUGAGGUGGUGGUGAAGUGGUUCGAAGCCAUCCAGACGGGGCUGCCCAUGUGUGUCCUGGGAGCAGCGUUCGGCCCUGUCCGGCUCAGCACACGAAAGCUGCAGGUCCUGGCCACCGAGCUGGUUCCCUGGGCGAUUCGGAGCGGGCUCAACGCCAGCUGUGUCCUGAACGUCUACUACGAGCAGCGCUGGGAGCAGCCCGUGGAGUCCCUGCGGGAGGAGCUCGGCAUCUUCCCUCCCCCGGCCGUCCCAGUGUGAGAGCUCAGCUCAUGCUGGGAAGGGCCCGGGGGAUCCCUGUUGGCAGCCAGCAGCUGGCCCCAGCCACACUCAAAAUCCUCCUGCCCUGCCCAGGAGCACAGCAUGGCUGUAGUUCUUCCACCAUGGACCCGAGGGCUGUGUUUUCUCCUGCCAAGAGCUGGCACCAACCUGUUGGUAGGGGCCAACUGGCACCUCCCUGUGCUGUGACAAAAACUCGACCUUUUUUUGCUGUUUGUGAUUUUGGUCAAGGUCGGAUGUGCCUUUGCUAGCUGGUCUGGCUGCUCAGGUCUCCCAGCAGCAGCAGCAUUCCAGUACUGAUGCUCCCAAGUGCUGGAAUGGGGAGGGAGCACAUUGCAGCAAACAGAUGCCUUGGCCUUCUGCAGCCCCAGGGCUGUGCAGGUAAAUCCUGGUAAAUUCAGGUAAAUUCCUGGUAAAUUCAGGUAAAUCCAGGUAAAUUCCCCAUCCUGGGAAGAUUGAGGCUUCAAAUCUUGGGGCUGCCCUGGGCUGGAGCUAAACCCGUGAUUUUCCAGAGGAGCACAGGGGCAGGUUUGGUGUGUGCAGUGGUGAAAUCCCAUUUUUGUACUGGUGCCUAACUGGUCUCCUGUUGGGUCAUAUUGGAUGUGUCUCACUUCCUGCCUCAGAGACCAGGCAGUGUGUGAUUGUGCCCACAGGGUAGGCAGGGAAAUACCUUUGUGUAUUGUCCCUCCUGGACUGGCUGUUUUGAGAGCCGAUCCCAGUCUGCUGUGUCUCCCUGUAGUCCCUCCCCAUCACAAAUGAUGAAAUCCACAUGAUGUGCUGGCUGUUCCGUAGGAAUCAUCCCUUCCUUGGGCAACAAAAUGACACAAUUGGGAUUAUGGGAUUGAAUCCAGUGAGUGCAGAAGCAGCGGCUGCUGGUGCUGUGUCUGGGAGCUGAUGGCUGUCUGGGUUAAUUAAACUGUGCUCCAGACUGCCAGCAGCCAGGGAGCAGAGCUGCUGGAUGUGAUGGCAAAGAGCCACGAGGCCAGGGGCUCUUUGUUCAUGUGUGUUUGCUGUUGGAAUUCCUUCUUGUUUAAUAAAUCCACACUGGGGCUUGUAGUUCAUUA